AUUGCUAGCUUUUCCUCUCUCUACCUGGAAAGCUUUUGUAGGUUUAUUAUGCCUUAUGAAUAUGGACACAGCUUGAUAACUGUAGAUAACAUUAACAUACAAACAAUGGUAAGCACCAGGGGCGGACUGACAACUCAUGGGGCCCCAGGGCAAUAGGGGAUCAUGGGGCCCCUAUGUUCUUGCCCAAACUAAAAAAAGCCUAUGAAAAAGGUACCAGGGGCAUCUCAUGGGGCCUCCUACUGACCCCGGGCCCUCGAGCAGUGCCUGAGUUUCCAAAUGGUCAGUCCGUCCCUGGUAAGCAC